AUGAUACUAGACUGCCUCGAGGACCGCAACUAUGCGGAUGUGUCACUGUCUCCGAAGUCGCGGUUCGUCUUGAACAGGGCCAUUAUGAUGGCGGAGGCCGCGUCGAGGCAGAGUGGACACCCAGAGCCUGGGGCGUGGCUUAUGUGCGGCCCUCGAUAUACCAGGACAGGUAUAUACGACAUGGUCAUCAUGAGAAGCUGCGAUGAUCCCGAGGACGAGCAGUCGAUGCAGAAGAAGAUUGACAAGGAGAUGAGGCAUCAGCGCAAGUAUGAGAGCCCAGAAGGAUCUGUAGCCUUGGUAGGCUAUGGUCCCCGCAGCGAGGACGAGGCCGCCAUCGAGUCCGUGGACGAGGAGCCCAUGGAUGAGUGUACGGAGUACUUGGGAAAUGAUGGUGGCAGCUUAGCGGAUUUUAUGCAACAUCUGGCUUGUGAGCUGGAUGCAGCUGUCGACUAUACGAAUAUUACCCACCGCAUUAUCUACAAGGCUCUAAAUGCUUGCCACCUGGUAGAUAUUAAGAGCGAUGAUUCGGUAUGGGUAACUGCGAAGUCAGUCUUCGUGUGGAAAGGAUGUUCUGGAUAUUUCAGGGUCCGUGGAACGCUUGAUAUAAUCAAGACUGUCAUCGCCACAUCAGACCAUCUCCAUAGAGACAUCAAGCCAAUUGCCUUGGGCUCUCCCAUGAACCUCACCAAGCCAUUGCCUCUCCCACCACAACCUCCCCCAACGAUGCAAGGAUUUGUCAUAUCACCGAAUAUGCAAUCAUGCAACCUUGUUUACCACACCAACAGCGUCCUCAGCAAGAAAUAA